AUGAAGUGCAUAGAGUUUUCCGAUUGCGGAUGUUUCUGCCAACAAUUAAUUAAUGUUCUCAAAGCUACUGCAAGAAGUAUUGAGUCGACUUCGGAAUACCUGGGACAGCCCAAAAAAAGAAUUUCGCCCCAGGUGUCAGGACGACCAGUAGAGUCCGCGUCAGCAGUAAAGAGUACGGUGACGACAUGGAAAGCUGCGCGAAGCGGGUCGGAUCUCUCUCCCUCGUCUAUCUUUCGCUGUCUGCCGUGA